ACUUAAAAUAUCUUCACAAAAUUACUUUAUUUAAAAAAUUUCAACCAAACAAAUUCAAAUAAUUUAAUCGCAAAAUUUUGUAGAUUAUUUAGGUAGAGUUUAAAUUUUAAUUUUUUUGUCUUAACUCCCUCUCGAAACUCCACUUAAUUUGAUUCCGCAUGUUGCUACACGAGUUGUACAGCAUUGCCAUAACUUAUGCAACAAAACACAGGACGGGAGAGGAAUAAUGAAUGAGGCUCCCCCCAUCCAUCAUCUGUUUUGGUCGCAUGUGUUUGUAGUGCGAUUUGCCGGCAGUUCCGCUUUCUGUCAUUCCUUGCGUUUGUUUGUUUUGCUAUUUUAACUCAUCGAACCGUCCGGCCGGCACGACAGAUUUCUCAGGAUGGACGUUGAAGACGGUUCGGACGACGAGACCAAAGUCACGGACUUUGUGGCCAGUAGGAAUGCUGCCGUUUUUUGCAUCGAUUCGUCCGAAAGGAUGCUGGAGAUUGACGAUGAUAGUGGAAAGUGCCCUCUUCAAAUUUGUCUGGAGAGUGUGAAACGGAGGAUGUUGAACAACAUUUUCACCUCCGACAAGGAGUUUAUUGGUAUUGUAUUAAUGGGAGCAGUGAGCAAAGCAGGAUCGUCCAACAAUGCCAAUAAUGUGACCAGCAACAAUUGCAGUAUCUUUUUCGAGCUAAGUCGCUUCGGAUCAGAAAUAUGCAGCACCCUUGCCAACCUGGCCAAAAAGACUGGAGAGCAAUUUAAAAAGGAUUUUUGUGAGGAGUAUGAUGUCCAGCAAAGCAACUCGUUGUCCGAUUCGCUAUGGACUUGUUCUUCGAUGAUGUCCAUGUCGAAUACCAAAUUUGGAGUGAAAGAGGUCUUCAUCAUGACCAACAGCAGCAUGGAAAACAUGGAUCAGAAUGUCCGUAGACAAACCCUGAAGAGGGUCGAAGCCUUGUCUCAGGUGGGAAUCUGUCUCCGCCUUCUAUAUCUAGGCGCAAAUUUUGACCUCCAACCAUUUUACAAGGAUCUUUUGCUAAAUGCCCACCCAGAUAGCUCAGUUCAGGGCAAUGAGCAUUGGGCAGCUUCUGAUCUUGUGGCUGAUCCUCAUGUUGUCUUGACCAGAGGUUGUAACAAUCGCCAGUCUGGGAGACUAGAUUUUUCCAUCACACCAAAGACAAAAAUUACUGUUAAAGCUUAUUCGUUGUUCAGGAGGAUUGAUCACAUCAGCAUGAGACAAGAUGUGAAACUGCACAAGGAAACCAAUGAGCAGCUUUCGGUGGCCUCUACUAGAUAUGACACCACCUCUGGUGAACUAGUCCAUCCUGACAGCGUCGUAUUCGGAAUCAAGGUUGCCGAAGGGGCCUCGUACUUUAAAAAGGAGGAACGAGGUUCAAUGAAAGAAUUAUACCCCAUCGGAAUAGCCCUGCUUGGAUUCAAACCAAUUUCGGAAGUUUUCUGGGGUGACCACAUUAAAUCCGGAAUUCUUAUCAUCCCAGACGAGGAAGAACGCUCUGGCAGUGCCAGUUUAUUCUACGGCUUGCUUCAAGUGUGUGUCGAAAAGAACCUUUCCCCUCUGGUGCGAAUCUGCAUGCGAAAGGGCAGUGGUGCUCGGCUGGCCCACCUUCUGCCCCAGUUGGAAAACUCCUCUGUCGGCCCGUUUGCGGCAGUGAACUGCUUCUAUCUCAUCUACUUGCCCUUUUCGGGCGAGUGCAGAGAGUCUGAGGUUGCUGUCCAUCCAAUUGAUGUGGAUUUGAACCCAAUGCAGAAUAUGGCCAAGACUAUUAUCCAAAAGACGACAUUCAAGUACCACCCCAGCAUGUUCCCUAAUCCAAAAAUGAGGAUGCAUUUUAACGCCAUCGAGGCUCUUGCUCUCGACUACGAUGACUCCGAAACUGUCAUUGAUGCUCUGCAACCUGAUGAAGAAGGUAUUGAUUCUAGAAUUGGGGAAGUUGCUGACCAAUUUAUGAAGAUGAGUGAGAAAGUUGCUUCUUUGAUCCUGGGUGUUGAUGACAAUGAGCAAAUGGAGUAGAAGCCCAAUUAAGUUCCUUUUCAUCUUACAAUUAAUUAAACGCAAAAAUAAUUUUGAUUUCAGUUUCUCUUUAUUCAAUGAUUCAGAUCAGAACAAAGUGUUGGAAAUAAGGCAGUCAUUGUGCGUGAACAUCCAGAAAAUAAUUUUCUUAAUUUCCAUAUCAAGUAUCCAUUCCAUGUUAAAAUUGCCAAAGUUCUUUUAAAACACAAAGGCUUAAACAUUGUUACCAGUUUAAUUGUUAUUAAAAUAAGGUGCAACAUUUAAAGGCUUGAGAUGCGUAAAAGUUUGCAAAGUUUUCAUUACAAGAGUAUUUAGAAUUAAUAAAAUAUGGUCAUUUGAUUAAAAAUGAGGCACGGAA